UACCAUCAAUCCAACAUAUAAACCAAAAGAAAUUGUUAUAAGCACAAAAAUGGCUAAGUCCAGAACUACAAGCACUUGCAAGAAGAAUAAGAGCAUUGUGAAGCUCAAAAUUGUAGUAGAAAAGCUACAAAGAAGCCUAUCUUUGGGAAGAUCAAAACCGUCAAAUUAUUCCGAUGCUAACUCGACGAAUGUGCCCGACGAUGUUAUGGAGGGUCACUUUGCCGUGAUUGCGGUGGAUGGAGACGAACCAAAGAGAUUUGUGGUGUCAUUGAGUUACUUGACACACCCAACUUUCUUGAAGCUAUUGGAGCAAGCAGCUGAGGAGUAUGGCUUUGAUCAUGAAGGUGCCCUAACCAUUCCUUGCCAGCCAAGCGAGCUCGAGAAGAUAUUAGACGAUCGGCAAUGGCAAGAGGAAGAGAGAGGCUCAUCUAGUGAUGUUAACUGGGGUUCUUGUGAAUCUAUGGUGCGGAGUUACUGAUGAUCUUGAGCAAGAUUAGCUUUCUUAAUUUUGGAUGAUGGUAUAUAAUAAGUUAGUCUUUCUGCCAUCUUUUACGUUGAGUUUUUGGCUUUUCCUUUUAUUCCUUUUUCAAUAUCUAUGUAUUUAUCCACUGGCAGAGCCAGAGGUCUUUUGCCAUUGUUUACAUUUUUAAUAUUUCUCUAGUCUAUCAAGAAGAAGCCAGAAAAUUCUAUAAA